CCACGUGGAGGAUGUUUGAAUUAUUUUCGGUCCGCGGACUCCCCCCGUGAGGCUCGCAAUCUAAUGCCCUGCGCGACGCGUGCCGGGGUUUAACGGCGACGUGCGAAGUGCGAGUUUCCCGGCGCGAUGCCGACGACCGACAGGAAGAAGCAGCGGCAGGGCAGGGACGCGGCGGUGCAGGGAACCAACGACAGCAGCGCGGUGAGCAAGGCGUCUGCCGCAGCGCGGGGCUACUUCCACGACGUCUUCCUCCGGCACUUCGUGUGCAAGGCGGCCAGGAGAGCCCCGCUCAUCAACAGGGGCUACUACGUGCGCUGGAGAGCUGUGGACCACUGUGUGAGGAGGUUUCUACAGGUCACUGAAAACUGCCCCAAGAGACAGAUUCUGUCGCUGGGCGCGGGCUUCGACUCCUUGUAUUUUCGCCUCCACGCAGAUGAAGCUCUUGUCAGGGCUGUCGUGUUUGAGGUGGAUUUCCCAGAUGUCACCCGGCGUAAGGCAGCCCUGAUCAGAUCUAAUAUUGCACUGAGGGGGAUGUUAGACUCCCAUUCGCCUGCUCCCACAGGACCUGUAUAUGUGUGUAGCGGUCAGUACCGUCUGAUAGGGUUGGAUGUUAGAGAGGAGUCCCAGGUGGUGGAGGCUCUGGAUGCAGCCGGCUUGGACUGGGCUGCCCCUACUCUACUCCUCUCUGAGGUGGUGCUCACCUACAUGGAAACACAAUGGUCAGACGUUGUCAUCCGUUGGGCAGCAAAGCUCCUGCCCCAGUCAGUCUUCGUGAUGUACGAGCAGAUCCACCCCCACGAUCCCUUUGGUUGGAUCAUGCAAGAUCAUUUCCUGAAACUGAAUUCAACUCUACACGCCCUCGGACGAUACCCAGACACGGCUGCACAGAGACGCAGGUUCCUGGACAAGGGCUGGGAGCAGUGUGUGUGUCUGGAUAUGAAUGACUUCUACCUGGGCUUGGUCCCUGAGGAGGAGAGGCGCAGGGUGGAGAUCCUGGAGCCUUUUGAUGAAUAUGAGGAGUGGCACCAAAAAUGUUCCCACUACUUCAUCCUCACUGCAUCUCGAGGCUCUUUAAUGGCUCAGGCUUUGCUCACACGUCCCACAGUAUCUCCAGUGCCAUCCGUACGCCUAUCUCGGAGCCCUGUAGCCCUGAGCGUGAAGACCCUACCAGUUUGCCUGGAGGGCCUGGGGAUGGCUUCCACCUUGGUGAGGCCGGGACAGGUCCUGCUAACAGGAGGCUCCAGCAGAGGAGGCAGGGUGGCAGUAACGAGAGUCCUCCUCAGAGGCCAGGAAGGCUGGAGAUCCGUCAUUGUGGAACCAUCAGUAGAUUUCGGUGUCCGACUCUACCACACCGCCACAUCUGGUCCUGGAGGUGGGAUUGUGGUCUACGGAGGUCGCUCCUCUCCUCUCAACCCAGUUAGAGGCCUUUUCAGAGUAACCCUGGACCCCUGUGGUCCACCUGGCCCUCUAGACUCAGGGGACCGAGAUGCAGUGAAGCCGCGUGUAGAGCGGAUGGUCUGUACGGGUGAUCCACCGCCGCCAAGGUGGAGGCACACUGCUACGAUCGUCAGUCAUAAAGGCAAAGACUUUCUGUUUGUGUUUGGGGGAAAGAAUGAAUCAGAGGCAGCUCUGGGUGACGGCCGCUUCCUGUGUCUUGACCAGCAGCACUGGACAGAGAUCCUAGUAGAGGGCGCAGCACCAGAGGCCCACCACUCCCACUCAGCGUGUUCAUAUCAGGGAGGUGCGGUGGUGUUUGGAGGACUGGACAGAUGGGGGGUGCCACUGGGGGACACAGUCGUGUUAAAGCCCACCGACAGAGGCUUCUCCUGGGAAAGAAUAGAGGUGCAGCCCCCCCCUGUUCCCAGAUACUCUCAUUCUGCCCAUGUGAUUGGUGAGAAGCUGGUCGUGGUGGGUGGAGUUUGGCUGCAUUCAGAUGGUGUACCAGGUGUUGCCGUGAUCAACCUCUGCACACGGAGCAGCGUGGAGUUCAGCCUGGACACGACCUCGGUGCCCUGGCCUCUGAUGCUGCACUCUUUCUGCUCUGAGCUGACGGAUUCAGAAGAACCAGAGCUACUGCUGAUGGGUGGGGGAGGGAACUGUUUCUCCUUCGGGACUCAUUUCAACCCUCAGCCUGUCACUGUGGACCUCAGACCUGCGCUGGGAUGAAGUCUUUCUGUGCUCAGAUCAAUGAGUUAAACUGAGGACUUUAUGCAGUCCGAAAUCCGCCCCUCUCAGAUGUCUGAAUGGAUGAAAUGGAUCAACUUGAGAUAUUUGGGACAGUCGGGAUAGAACUUACUUCAGGCCUGCUGAGGGCUCCAGACAAGUGUAAUUGAUUUUGAGCCCCGAAGGUUGGAUGUCUAAGUAUGAAUGGACACACAAUGUUCAAAAGACAUUAAACAAAUCCACAGAAGUGUCUUCAGUUUGAUUGCUGGACAGGUUUUUAUUUGUGAGACCUCAGAAUAUUAUAGUCCAAUAUUGAAGCGCCCUGACAUAGAUCAUCGCAAGUCUUUCAAUGUUUUGGAUGGAGGUUAAAUCAAUCAGUGAAGCGCUUAAAGGACUGGACUGUAGGACUGACAGCACCCCAGUCGCCAGGCUUGCGGUAUUCCCCCUUCUCCAGGAAGUACUGGCGUCCACGGUAGUUGGGGUGCUCGUAGAGAACCCACCAGCCGUCGGACACCUUACAGGAGUUGACCUCCCUCCAGUGGAACUUCUCCAGAAGGGAGGGACAGUCCUCUGUGACCUCGAAGGCCUGGCCCCCAAAGUCUGCCUUCUCAUAGAGCUGCAGCUUGUACAGGGUCCCACUGGUCUGGAAGGUGACGGACGGAAGGAAGGGAGCGAGACAGUAGGGGUUUGGGAGUAGGUAGUAAGGAGUAAAAACAGAAGAUAGGUGGGGAGUGGUGGAUGAAGGGUGGAGGUGGUGGUUAGUGCAGGGGGUUGGGAAGGAAUGGGAAUGGAAUGUGGGGUGAGAGAAAAGGGGAAGGGGGGAUAUAUAGGGAGAUGAGAUUUGCAUCUAACCGAAGGAAAAGAUGUUUGUAGGGCAGCACUUUAUUUCAACCCGCCAGUUAGUAAUUGUAAGCAAUAUAUAAACAGUUAAUGAAUCGUUUUAACACACACACACACACACACACACACACACAC